UGCGCAUUCCAAUCUAAAUCAUAUCUUGCAAUUACAUAUCAAGCACUCGAUCUCUCCCUCUCUCUCUUUGCGGCCCUAACUGAGUUUCCCUCUUCACUUCCGACGUCCUUCGAUCUCUCUCUCUCUCUCUCUCUCUCUCUCUCUCUCUCUCUCUCAGGGUUUUCCACGAUGACAGAACCUUCUAAAGUCAUUCAUGUUCGAAACGUGGGGCAUGAAAUUUCUGAAAAUGAUUUGCUUCAGCUAUUUCAGCCAUUUGGAGUCAUAACUAAGCUUGUGAUGCUUCGUGCAAAAAAUCAGGCUCUUAUCCAAAUGCAAGAUACUGCUGCUGCAGUCAGUGCACUGCAGUUCUAUGCAAAUGUUCAGCCUGCCAUAAGGGGAAGGAAUGUAUAUGUCCAAUUCUCCUCACAUCAAGAACUGACAACAAUGUACCAGAAUGCACAAGGACGAGGAGAUGAGCCAAACCGAAUUCUGUUAGUUACAGUUCAUCACAUGCUAUAUCCUAUUACAGUGGAAGUCCUGCAUCAAGUGUUUGUUCCUCAUGGUUUUGUUGAGAAGAUCGUCACUUUUCAGAAGUCAGCUGGUUUUCAGGCCCUAAUUCAGUAUCAAUCCCGCCAGAGUGCUGUUGCAGCUAGAACAGCCCUGCAGGGACGUAAUAUUUAUGAUGGUUGUUGUCAACUAGACAUUCAGUUCUCAAACCUUGAUGAAUUACAAGUGAACUACAAUAAUGAGCGUUCAAGGGAUUUCACAAAUCCCAAUUUGCCUUCAGAACAGAAAGGAAGAUCUCCACAAUCUGGAUAUGGUGAUGCAGGAGGCAUGUAUGGCCUUCAAGGUACUGGAGCCAGGGCAGUUGGAUUUCCGCAGAUGCCUAAUGCAGCUGCAAUUGCAGCAGCCUUCGGUGGAGGUUUGCCUCCUGGUAUAAGUGGAACCAACGACAGGUGUACAGUCCUUGUCUCCAAUCUGAAUCCUGAUAAAAUAGAUGAGGACAAGCUUUUUAACCUGUUUUCCAUCUAUGGAAACAUUGUGAGAAUUAAACUUCUUCGGAACAAGACAGACCAUGCCCUUGUCCAGAUGGGUGAUGGCUUCCAGGCUGAACUGGCAGUACACUUUCUAAAGGGUGCAUUACUGUUUGGGAAGCGAUUGGAGGUCAACUUCUCAAAGCAUCCAAAUAUAACGCAAGGUGCUGACACACAUGAAUAUGUGAACUCAAAUCUCAACCGCUUCAACCGUAAUGCAGCAAAGAACUACCGCUAUUGCUGCUCCCCAACAAAGAUGAUCCACUUGUCUUCUCUUCCCCAGGAAGUCACUGAAGAGGAGAUUGUGAGCCACCUAGAGGAAAUUGGGACCAUUGUCAGCACGAAGCUCUUUGAGAUGAAUGGAAAGAAGCAGGCCUUGGUUAUGUUUGAAACUGAGGAGCAGGCCACUGAAGCACUUGUGUGCAAGCAUGCUACUUCCAUCGGUGGGUCAAUAAUUCGAAUCUCCUUCUCACAGCUACAGGCAAUAUGAUAACUUAAUUGUUUCAGAAAUAACAGGGAUGAGGAUUAUAAAGCAUAACAGGGUUGAGGCUUCAUAAAUGGGAAAUAUUUGUGGAGCUGAAGCUGUUAUUUGCUGUUGCUUUUGUUUGUAAUGGUGUUUUCGAAUUGCGAUUGUGUUGGAGUAUCUGCUUCUUGAUCAUUUAUGGUCUUGGUUAUCUCCGGUGUUUGUAUCAAAUCAUUUAUUAGGUUCUUUA